AUGGCACCUCAGAACGACGUAGAGAUGCAAUACCAAGCAUCCGAGCAGAUGAGCCAGCAAUCAGACGCCACCGGCUCGUCGGAAGAACAAUGCUCGCAGAACAAGACUGAAGAGAAGGCGAAACGCACUCUGCUGGGCAUGAGAGGCGGUGGUAUCAUCUUGGAUCUCUGCGCCUGCUUCAUCUGCUGCGAAUGCAUGUAA